UGUAUGUUUUUGUUCUGGGCCAGAAAGGCGUUCUCCUGCCUCAGGAUGUUGCUUUUAAAGCUGAAGAAGUGGGUUUCCUGUGGAGGAAACGAUCACAGAAUAGACAAGGCUUGUUCGAGACACCGUGUUCCCAACAUUUCUUGAGUACAGGUCACCCAGCUGCAGAGCAGGCAGCACACAGGCUUUUGUGGAACAAAGUCGCUCUCACCGCCUUAAGAGGUGUUUGUUUCUCCUGAUGGACCCUGGAUGCUUUGAAGACUGGUUGACUGGCAGCACCAAAUCUGAGCCUACUGUUUUCCACAGGAGAAUGCACUGAUGAAUAUUUCACAAUGGACAAAUGACAAGUGGAUGUGUCAAACUGAUAACAGCUAGGACUUGUUACCUUUUCUUGUACUUUGAGUGUAUGAAUGGGUUUUUCUACACCAACUCUUCAUCCUGAGCAAGUUCACCUCUAGUUUCCCAUGUAAGGCUGUUGACCAAAAGAGACAUGUCCAAUGACAGCUGCAACCUACCCUUGGACACGGACACAUUUGGCCUGACGUGCAUCUAUGGGCUGAUCUUCUCUUUGGGUCUCCCCAGCAACCUUCUGUCUCUCUGGGGAUUGUACCACCUGGGCCGCUCAGGUGGGGGAGGCUGCCAGCUGGUCUACAUCCUAAACCUGCUGCUGUCAGACCUCCUCCAGCUACUCACCUUGCCGCUGUGGAUACUUUAUCUUCAAGGUGCGCACCGCUGGCCCUAUGGCCAACUAACCUGCGAGCUGGUGGGCUACGUGUUUUAUGUAAAUGUCUACGCCAGUGUCAUGUUCCUGUGCCUGAUAGCGCUAGACCGCUGCCUAGCCAUCGUGUACCCGCUGAGCAGCCGCAGCGUGCGGACUGUCAAGGUGGCAGCUCUGUCCGGUGUUGCAGUUUGGACACUCACCUUUCUGUUCUGCCUGAGUGGUUUGCUUCCUUCAGUGUUUGACUCUGACAGACUGCUGUGUCUCGAGCAGUACCCCGUCAGCCCUAGAUACGCCCACUUCAAGAUCACUACCGUGGCCCUCGGCUUUCUGCUGCCAUGUACCAUACUAGGCUACACCUCAGCCCACAUUGGGGUGACACUCCGACGAUCUCCGUCCCUCUCUGACCACGAGCGGCACAAAAUCGUGGGCAUCCUAGUCGUGAUCACUGUCAACUUCAUCGUUGUGUUCGGACCCUAUCACCUCGUGGGCGGGUACAGAUUUGUGUCCUUGCUGCUGACUGAUGAGCCGUGUGGACUGGAGCGUUCAAUUUUCCUCAUCUAUCGACUGUGCUACGGUCUGACCAGCCUCAACACCCUGCUGGAUCCCCUCUUCUACAUCUUUCUAUGCCCUGAUGCCCGACUAGAGCUGCAAAGGUCCCUGCCCUGUUUGGGAAGGGGUCAAAACACUUGCAAAAAGAUCACCCUCAGUACCAGAUCUCACCCCAACAGGCAGAGGGAGAGUGAAACUGGACACAAUAAUCUUCUAGCAGUAUAACUUGGAUUUGACCACAGACCUGACUCCUAAUAUUUAGUCAAGGCACUUGUGCCAUCCAGUGGAAAUGUGCAUGUACAGUUGCUGUGCCAUGUGAGUUUCAUCUCUAAGUAAAUCAAUUUGUGUUUCAAACAUUAUUCCACUAGUUGACUUUUUAGUUUCUCAUGAUGAUAUAAAUACUGCUUCAGAGAAGGGCGGAAAUAGAAACAUUUGUGUGUAGCACACAGUGUAAAGACUUUAACUGUUGCUUACAUGAAAUCAACACUAUAUCAUGGAGUAGAAAUAUGGAAAUGUCAUUUUCUGUUCUGUGAUUCAAAUGAAGCCAAGUGAAAUCCAAUUUAUCUAAUUCAUCUAUUUACUACAUGUGUUUUGUAUGUAUGUUUUUGAAGAGUGUGACCAGUGUAUGAAAAUGAGCCCCUGUGGACAUUUCACAGUCAAACUGUUUUUUACUGUUAUGUUUACAAUGAUGAUUAAAACUCCUGUUUAAUCA